CAACGCAAUGCCAUGAUUUCAGUCAAUGUCAAAGUGUCAAAUCCGGACAGAAUUUCUUUCCCGGUUUUCACUUUUUAGUUGCAAAAUUUUGUGUUUGUUACUUUUUUUCACUUUACUACUUAUUUUCUCCAUUUUCCAUAAGAAAUAUGGCUUAUUUAUGAAUGAUUAUCUAUCUAUCUUUCCUCAUUAGGCUCCAAAAACUGACAAACCAGUUUUUCUGUCUGCACUCUUACUACAUCACAUUACAUACACACACACCCUUCACUUCUUCUGUCAGAGCUAUGACAAUGUGUGAGUUUCAGGCACACACAUUGUUCCAUUAUUCUCUUUCUCUUUUUUAUCUGUCUAAGACAUACAAUGGCUCUUUCAAACUUUGAAGGAGUCUUUCAUUCACCCUCUCUUCUUUCAGCUACCCUUUGCAACACAAAAGAAGUUGACCUCAGAUAUCAGUUAGAUCUUCAGUUAUGAUAUCAAUAUUCCAAGAUGUAGGUAAUAGAUAUUGACCGCUUCCUGGGUUCACUCAUACAAUGAAGUCAGGUUUUAAAAAUGGUUGGCCCUCUGUUGUGCGUCUUCAUCUCCGAGAAAAAUCAGUGACGCCCUUUUGCAUAUUUUCUAAAGUGAAACCAGCUGGCAACAUGCCUGGGAAUACACCUGUUUAUCUCAAUGUCUAUGACUUGACAACUGUAAAUGGCUAUAUGUAUUGGGCAGGAAUUGGUAUUUUCCACUCAGGGGUUGAAGUUUAUGGAGUAGAAUAUGCAUUUGGAGCCCAUGACUAUCCAACAAGUGGUGUCUUCGAGGUUGAGCCUCGACAGUGUCCUGGCUUUAAGUUUAGGAAGUCGAUAUUCAUGGGAACUACAAACUUAGAUCCUUUCCAGAUUAGAGAGUUCAUGGAGCGCCAGUCUGCAAAUUACAAUGGUGAUACUUAUCACUUGAUUGUGAAGAAUUGCAACCAUUUCUGUGAGGAUAUUUGUUACAAGCUAACAGGCAAUUCUAUUCCAAAAUGGGUCAAUCGUCUUGCAAGAAUAGGUUCCUUUUGCAACUGUAUACUCCCUGAUGCUCUUAAAACUUCCACUGUUCAGCAUGAUGAUCCCAACUUUCAAGGGUGUGAUAGUGAGAAACGAAGACUACGAACCGCCUUCAGUUGCUUGUCAUCAAUCUCAAUGCCUCAGAAGGAAGUGUCAAUGUCUUCAUUAUUUAUGCAUUCUCACUAUAAAGGUUGCCUACCACCAUGGGAGUUAAAGAAGUCUAAAAAGGGCUCACUAAAGCAAAAAUUAGAAGACUAGUUUACUUCUCAGUAACUCUCCUCUGAUGUAGGGUAUCCAUUGUCUUUCUGGUAACUGAAUCACUAGAAAGAAAUUAUUGCUUUUAGUCACACCUGUGCGAGUGCUCUUCCUCAAGUGCAAAUUUUUCUGUCAAUAUUUAUUUUGAAUGUUCAAGCUCAUGGCUUUGUUGCUUCAUUUUGCUUUCCCUCUUUCUUUGUGUCUAGUUUUUGCUUGUAAUCUUUGUUUGAUUGUGAAUCUAUGUCAGAUAUAUUGCUGUGUCAAUUCAAUUUUUCAUAGCUGGAGGAAA